ACAAGUCUAUCAUAACUAUUGAGAUACUCUAACAACAACAACUAGGCCUUCUCUCUUUGCCGCUCCCAUGCUCACAAAAUCUCUAUCCUAGUCUGGUUGGAGUACGAGAGCGAGAGUUCGCGAUGGCUCCAACUCAUGGAUCUUGGUCUCAUCUCAUAAAAAAGCACCUCUCUCAAGGAGCCCCRGAAGAAGCUCUUCUUCUUUACAUCCAAAUUCGCUGCAAAGGAAUCCACCAUUAUGGUGUUAUUCCUCUACUACUCAAGGCUUGUGGGUCUCUGUCCAUGCUUCACCACGGGAAAGCUUUGCAUGCUGAGUCGAUCAAAAUUGGGGUGGAUUCAGAUGUGGGGAUAGGGACUUCAUUGGUUAGCAUGUAUUCUAAAUGCCGCGAUAUAGUUUGUUCCCGCAGGGUAUUUGACGAAAUGCCCGAUAGGAAUGUGGUAACAUGGAAUGCAAUGAUAGGAGGGUAUUCAAGGAAUGGUGACAUGGGUUCUGCAUCAUUUAUUUUUGAACGGAUGCCAGAGAAGACGGAAGUUACAUGGGCAGAGAUGAUUGAUGGAUUUGCAAGGAAUGGGGAUAUUGUUGCUGCUAGGCGUUUAUUCGACUGCUCUCCACAUGAGAUGAGGAAUCUAGUGACAUGGACUGUGAUGAUCGAUGGAUAUGUGAGGAUUGGGCAGUUGAAGACGGCAAGGCAGCUAUUUGAGGAGAUGCCACAGCGGAACUGCUAUUCUUGGUCGUCAAUAAUUGCUGGCUACUGCAAGAAGGGUAACGUCAAGGAGGCGAGAGAGAUCUUUGAUCGCAUUCCAGUCAAGAAUUUGGUGAACUGGAAUUCAUUGAUUGCUGGAUAUGCACAGAAUGGAUAUUGCGAAGAAGCUCUGGAGGCUCUCGCUAAGAUGCAGGCCGAGGGAUUUAAGCCUGAUGAAGUUACAGUAGCAAGUGCAUUAUCAGCUUGUGCACAAAUGGGUUCUUUGGAUUAUGGAAAAGAAAUCCAAAAUCUUAUAAAUUGUAGCAAUAUAAAACCUAACCAGUUUGUCUUUAAUGCAUUGGUUGACAUGUACGCAAAAUGCGGGGACUUGCAUAAUGCAAGAAUGAUUUUUGAAAGGAUGCCCCAGAGGAAUGUUGUUUGUUGGAAUGCAAUGAUCUCAGGCCUUGCCAUUCAUGGUCGGAGUGAAGAGGCUCUUGAUCUUUUUGGCCGAAUGGAGGAGUCAAGCCAGAAGCCCAAUGAGGUCACAUUUCUCUCCGUUCUUUUUGCUUGUGCACAUGGAGGAUUCGUGAAGAAAGGCUUAGAAAUCUUCUCCAAAAUGAAAGAGGAAUAUGGUUUAGUUCCAGGGAUUGAGCAUUACGGUUGCUUGGUUGACCUUUUGGGACGGGCAGGAAGACUGAAUGAGGCAUAUGGUUUGAUCAAGAGUAUGCCCAUGAAACCAAAUGAUGUGAUCUGGGGGGCUCUGCUUGGAGCUUGUAGGAUUCAUUUGGAUGCAGAGAUGGUGGAGUGCGUGGAGAAAGAUAUUGAGAUUUCUGAGUUUGUUAAGGAUACUGGUGAUGAUGCACGCUAUGUGCUGUUAUCAAAUAUAUAUGCUGCUUCAGAGCGAUGGGAGAAGGCCGAAAAGAUUAGGAUGGCCAUGGUGGAGAAGGGGGUUCGAAAGAUGCCUGGGUACAGUUCUAUUAUGCUUGGAUCAUCCAGUUCGAAAGAUGCUUGGAUGUACUGAGCACCAAUUUCAUGCUGGUGUUCAAGCAGAUUCUCAGAUUCGUCACUUGUAUAAAGCACAUAUAUUGAACGUCUCAGUUCUUAGAAAUGCGCAAUACGGAUACAGGGUAUUGAAGAUUAUGGCCAUAACUAAGAGUGGCGCCUUCUCCAUCAUAUCUCACAAUGCUGGUUCAAUUAUUUUUAGUCGGCUCUUCAUUGUGACUUGUGAGCUUCUCCUGGAAGGCUGGCUGACCCAGUAAGCACUAAUUUUUCAGCACUUGUAAAUUCAUUCUAUAUGUGUAUCAAAUUCUGUAAAGUUUUCGGUAUGUAAAAUACAAGUAUUUCAUACACAAGGAUAAACAAUUAUA